AUGCAAGUAAUAAAAAUUGGGAUUCUCACUCGUGCGCCCUACCCUACCUGCUCCGCGCUGUUGCUCUGCACGCGCGGUUGCCCGCGCCCUCGUGCGCUCUACCCUACCUGCUCCGCGCUGUUGCUCUGCACGCGCGGUUGCCCGCGCCCUCGUGCGCUCUACCCUACCUGCUCCGCGCUGUUGCUCUGCACGCGCGGUUGCCCGCGCCCUCGUGCGCUCUACCCUACCUGCUCCGCGCUGUUGCUCUGCACGCGCGGUUGCCCGCGCCCUCGUGCGCUCUACCCUACCUGCUCCGCGCUGUUGCUCUGCACGCGCGGUUGCCCGCGCCCUCGUGCGCUCUACCCUACCUGCUCCGCGCUGUUGCUCUGCACGCGCGGUUGCCCGCGCCCUCGUGCGCUCUACCCUACCUGCUCCGCGCUGUUGCUCUGCACGCGCGGUUGCCCGCGCCCUCGUGCGCUCUACCCUACCUGCUCCGCGCUGUUGCUCUGCACGCGCGGUUGCCCGCGCCCUCGUGCGCUCUACCCUACCUGCUCCGCGCUGUUGCUCUGCACGCGCGGUUGCCCGCGCCCUCGUGCGCUCUACCCUACCUGCUCCGCGCUGUUGCUCUGCACGCGCGGUUGCCCGCGCCCUCGUGCGCCCUACCCUACCUGCUCCGCGCUGUUGCUCUGCACGCGCGGUUGCCCGCGCCCUACCUGCUCCGCGCUGUUGCUCUGCACGCGCGGUUGCCCGCGCCCUCGUGCGCUCUACCCUACCUGCUCCGCGCUGUUGCUCUGCACGCGCGGUUGCCCGCGCCCUCGUGCGCUCUACCCUACCUGCUCCGCGCUGUUGCUCUGCACGCGCGGUUGCCCGCGCCCUCGUGCGCUCUACCCUACCUGCUCCGCGCUGUUGCUCUGCACGCGCGGUUGCCCGCGCCCUCUUUCUCGUCUCGCGCAAUUCGUCAACUUUCUCAUCACCGUCGGCCCCUUUCGCUCUCCUCUCUCCGCGUCACUCAUCACCUCAGCUUCGCCCUCCCUUUCCCUGUCGCUACCUGUCAACUGCCUCACGUCGUAUCGCGCUCGCCAAAAAAUGGCCUCCCGUAGCCCGCCCUCUCACCAUUCUCAUCUCCAUUCCCGUCGCCCUUCCUAUAUUUCUUCCGAUUGCCCACUUCGUUGCCUUCGAGCUCGCCCCGAAUCGGCUUCUCGUCCCCCUUCCUUUCUCCCUUCCUCGUGCCCAAUUCGUCGCCUUCGCGCUCUCCCCGAAUCGCCUCUCGUCGUCCUUGCUAUCUCCCUUCCGUGUGCCCAAUUCGUCGCCUUCGCGCUCGUCCCGAAUCGCCUUCUCGUCGCCCUUCCGUUCUCCCAUCCGAAUGCCCAAUUCGUCACCGACGCGCUCGUCUUUAGUCGCCCUUCCUCUCUUCUCUCUCACGAGCCACCUCAAUUCUCUUCAUUGUGUCGCGCUCUCUGUAAAUCGCUCUCCCGUCGCCAUUAUUCUCUUCUCCUCCUGUCAAUUACCUCGUCUCCCUCUCAUGCGCGCCUCAAAUUGCGCUCCCGUCGCCCUUUCUCCCUUCGCGUCGGCCACCUCGUUGCCUCUGCACGCGCCUCAAAUCGCCCUCCCGUCGCCCUUCCUAUCUCCCUUCACAUCGCCCAUCUCGUCGCCCUCCUUGUCCCCGCUCACAUCACCCACCUCGUCGCCCUCUCACCCGCCUCCAAUCGCCACGAUCGCCUCUCCCAUCCCGUCGCCCUGCCCUUCUCCUUCGCCCUCACCGACGCCAUGUCCCAUCCCUUCUCGUCGCCCUCACAUCUCUUUCCACUUAUUGUCACUUCACUUUCUUUCGCCCCUUUCGAUCGCGCUCACGUUCUCCCCUACCUUCCCGCCUUCCUAGUGUUCUCCUCUCCCCUUCCGUCACCCUUCCUCUCUCCGCUGCCCUCCCGUCGCCUUCGGUGUCUUCGCUGCCCUUCCGUCGUUAUUCAUGUACACCUUCCCCUCCCGUCGCCCUUGUUGACCCCGCUCCCUGCAUCACGUCGUUCCUCCUCUCUCCCCUGCCGUCCCGUCGCCCCCUUGUCCCCACUCCCUUCUCUUCGUUCUUGCUGUCGCCCAAUCAACAAUCCCCACGCCAUUCAUCUCUUCCCAUUGCAAUCUCUCACUCGUGCGCCCUACCCUACCUGCUCCGCGCUGUUGCUCUGCACGCGCGGUUGCCCGCGCCCUCGUGCGCUCUACCCUACCUGCUCCGCGCUGUUGCUCUGCACGCGCGGUUGCCCGCGCCCUCGUGCGCUCUACCCUACCUGCUCCGCGCUGUUGCUCUGCACGCGCGGUUGCCCGCGCCCUCGUGCGCUCUACCCUACCUGCUCCGCGCUGUUGCUCUGCACGCGCGGUUGCCCGCGCCCUCGUGCGCUCUACCCUACCUGCUCCGCGCUGUUGCUCUGCACGCGCGGUUGCCCGCGCCCUCGUGCGCUCUACCCUACCUGCUCCGCGCUGUUGCUCUGCACGCGCGGUUGCCCGCGCCCUCGUGCGCUCUACCCUACCUGCUCCGCGCUGUUGCUCUGCACGCGCGGUUGCCCGCGCCCUCGUGCGCUCUACCCUACCUGCUCCGCGCUGUUGCUCUGCACGCGCGGUUGCCCGCGCCCUCGUGCGCUCUACCCUACCUGCUCCGCGCUGUUGCUCUGCACGCGCGGUUGCCCGCGCCCUCGUGCGCUCUACCCUACCUGCUCCGCGCUGUUGCUCUGCACGCGCGGUUGCCCGCGCCCUCGUGCGCCCUACCCUACCUGCUCCGCGCUGUUGCUCUGCACGCGCGGUUGCCCGCGCCCUACCUGCUCCGCGCUGUUGCUCUGCACGCGCGGUUGCCCGCGCCCUCGUGCGCUCUACCCUACCUGCUCCGCGCUGUUGCUCUGCACGCGCGGUUGCCCGCGCCCUCGUGCGCUCUACCCUACCUGCUCCGCGCUGUUGCUCUGCACGCGCGGUUGCCCGCGCCCUCGUGCGCUCUACCCUACCUGCUCCGCGCUGUUGCUCUGCACGCGCGGUUGCCCGCGCCCUCUUUCUCGUCUCGCGCAAUUCGUCAACUUUCUCAUCACCGUCGGCCCCUUUCGCUCUCCUCUCUCCGCGUCACUCAUCACCUCAGCUUCGCCCUCCCUUUCCCUGUCGCUACCUGUCAACUGCCUCACGUCGUAUCGCGCUCGCCAAAAAAUGGCCUCCCGUAGCCCGCCCUCUCACCAUUCUCAUCUCCAUUCCCGUCGCCCUUCCUAUAUUUCUUCCGAUUGCCCACUUCGUUGCCUUCGAGCUCGCCCCGAAUCGGCUUCUCGUCCCCCUUCCUUUCUCCCUUCCUCGUGCCCAAUUCGUCGCCUUCGCGCUCGCCCCGAAUCGCCUCUCGUCGUCCUUGCUAUCUCCCUUCCGUGUGCCCAAUUCGUCGCCUUCGCGCUCGUCCCGAAUCGCCUUCUCGUCGCCCUUCCGUUCUCCCAUCCGAAUGCCCAAUUCGUCACCGACGCGCUCGUCUUUAGUCGCCCUUCCUCUCUUCUCUCUCACGAGCCACCUCAAUUCUCUUCAUUGUGUCGCGCUCUCUGUAAAUCGCUCUCCCGUCGCCAUUAUUCUCUUCUCCUCCUGUCAAUUACCUCGUCUCCCUCUCAUGCGCGCCUCAAAUUGCGCUCCCGUCGCCCUUUCUCCCUUCGCGUCGGCCACCUCGUUGCCUCUGCACGCGCCUCAAAUCGCCCUCCCGUCGCCCUUCCUAUCUCCCUUCACAUCGCCCAUCUCGUCGCCCUCCUUGUCCCCGCUCACAUCACCCACCUCGUCGCCCUCUCACCCGCCUCCAAUCGCCACGAUCGCCUCUCCCAUCCCGUCGCCCUGCCCUUCUCCUUCGCCCUCACCGACGCCAUGUCCCAUCCCUUCUCGUCGCCCUCACAUCUCUUUCCACUUAUCGUCACUUCACUUUCUUUCGCCCCUUUCGAUCGCGCUCACGUUCUCCCCUACCUUCCCGCCUUCCUAGUGUUCUCCUCUCCCCUUCCGUCACCCUUCCUCUCUCCGCUGCCCUCCCGUCGCCUUCGGUGUCUUCGCUGCCCUUCCGUCGUUAUUCAUGUACACCUUCCCCUCCCGUCGCCCUUGUUGACCCCGCUCCUUGCAUCACGUCGUUCCUCCUCUCUCCCCUGCCGUCCCGUCGCCCCCUUGUCCCCACUCCCUUCUCUUCGUUCUUGCUGUCGCCCAAUCAACAAUCCCCACGCCAUUCAUCUCUUCCCAUUGCAAUCUCUCACUCGUGCGCCCUACCCUACCUGCUCCGCGCUGUUGCUCUGCACGCGCGGUUGCCCGCGCCCUCGUGCGCUCUACCCUACCUGCUCCGCGCUGUUGCUCUGCACGCGCGGUUGCCCGCGCCCUCGUGCGCUCUACCCUACCUGCUCCGCGCUGUUGCUCUGCACGCGCGGUUGCCCGCGCCCUCGUGCGCUCUACCCUACCUGCUCCGCGCUGUUGCUCUGCACGCGCGGUUGCCCGCGCCCUCGUGCGCUCUACCCUACCUGCUCCGCGCUGUUGCUCUGCACGCGCGGUUGCCCGCGCCCUCGUGCGCUCUACCCUACCUGCUCCGCGCUGUUGCUCUGCACGCGCGGUUGCCCGCGCCCUCGUGCGCUCUACCCUACCUGCUCCGCGCUGUUGCUCUGCACGCGCGGUUGCCCGCGCCCUCGUGCGCUCUACCCUACCUGCUCCGCGCUGUUGCUCUGCACGCGCGGUUGCCCGCGCCCUCGUGCGCUCUACCCUACCUGCUCCGCGCUGUUGCUCUGCACGCGCGGUUGCCCGCGCCCUCGUGCGCUCUACCCUACCUGCUCCGCGCUGUUGCUCUGCACGCGCGGUUGCCCGCGCCCUCGUGCGCCCUACCCUACCUGCUCCGCGCUGUUGCUCUGCACGCGCGGUUGCCCGCGCCCUACCUGCUCCGCGCUGUUGCUCUGCACGCGCGGUUGCCCGCGCCCUCGUGCGCUCUACCCUACCUGCUCCGCGCUGUUGCUCUGCACGCGCGGUUGCCCGCGCCCUCGUGCGCUCUACCCUACCUGCUCCGCGCUGUUGCUCUGCACGCGCGGUUGCCCGCGCCCUCGUGCGCUCUACCCUACCUGCUCCGCGCUGUUGCUCUGCACGCGCGGUUGCCCGCGCCCUCGCUACUAA